UAAGUGCCGUGUGACGUCACUGUCUCGCGAGAUGUGACCGGCGAUGCUGGGAUUUGUUGUCACCGGGGAGCUAAACGUUAACGGAGCUUUUCAAUCAAUGCAGUCAGUUUCCAUGAGACCCGCCUGUCACUCCUGAUUCCAGAACCUCCCCCUCCCACACACACGCUGUGACGAUAUGGAGUUGCUGGCGGAGACCAUUGUCAAUCACGCCGUGGCAAUCAUCCAUUUAAUUAGUGGGGAGGGGGAUGGUGGUGCGUCACGUGAUUGUUUAUGUACGGAUGUCAGGAGGGAUGACAGGCUGCUCAUAGAGAGAAUCAUUGCACAUGCUAGCCACAUUAUCCAGCUGCUGGCCACCGGAAAGGUUUCAGCAUCCUCUGAUAAAGUCAAGUUCAGAUUCCCUGCCGAGACAUUAGAAGAAGAUCAGGAGGAACCGACUACAGAAACGAACAAGUCCAGAAAUUCAAACGAAUUUAAAAAUCAGAAUACAGGGGUGAAAGAAGAUCCAAAGGGGCUUGAGAAUGGGCAGCAUCUGAAAAGUCCAGUGGAAUCUUCCCCAGAUGGAACUGAAGAAAGAAGUAAUGUUGAAGUACAACCGAUGCCUCUUUAUUUGCCAAACUGGAAAAUAAAAAUAAAUAGAUUCACUCCAUUGCAUCGGACUAAAAAACUAUGGAAUACACCUAAGUCCAGACGCAAACCAGUGCAGCUGUCAUUAAGCCCCACAGUGGAACCGCCUAUCUAUUGCAGCCAAAAUCCCCUGAAUCCUCAGUGGGAAGAAAUAAGUGGGGCACCUGCCUUUUUGAAUCAGAAUAUAAAACUAGAGACAAACAUGGUGAACAUUAGUAAUGGGCUGCAAACAAAGAAAUAUAAGAACAGAGAAUUUUGUACCAUCAAAGAUGAAUUGAUGGUAGGAAAUAAUAUAGAGCAGAUUCAAGACACAUAUUUAAGGCACAUGAAAACUUUUGUUGACAGUUUAACUUAUGACAGCAACCAGUCAGAUGAGAGACCAUCGGGGAUGUCUAAUAGGGAAAGUUGCAGCAGAAUUUCUCCACUAUCUAGAAAUAGACCAGGAAAAUUGUCAUCAACCUCUUUGCAUAAGAAAGCAAUGGCACAAGAAAUCCUCAAUGAAGAGGUCCCUUAUGCAGUUACUGAAAGCGGAAAGAGUUUUGUCAUCAGUUCGGACGUUGUGAAUGUUCAGAUAUCCCAUAGCGGAGAGAAGUCCCAUAUUUGCAGUGAGUGCGGGAGUGGCUUUGUCAGCAGCUCAAGUCUUGUUAAACAUCAGAUUAUCCACACAGGAGAGAAACCGUACACAUGCAAAGACUGUGGUAAAAGCUUCAGCUUCAAUUCCAGCCUUAUCAGGCACCAGCGAGUUCACACAGGAGAAAAACCAUAUGUUUGUAAGGAGUGCGGUAAAAGUUUCAGUAUAAGCACCACUUUGGUUAGACACCAGCGAGUCCAUACAGGAGAGAGGCCGUAUGCCUGCCGGGACUGUGGGAAAAGGUUCACUUGUAACUCUCAUCUGGUUAUACACCAGCGACUCCAUACAGGAGAGAGACCUUACACCUGUGUGGAAUGUGGGAACUGUUUCAGCAAUGGUUCUGAUCUUGUUAAGCAUCAGAGGACACACACUGGCGAGAGACCUUAUUCUUGUAGUGAGUGUGGCAAAUGCUUCAGUAUUAUCUCUAACCUCAUAACACAUCAGAAGGGGCACAAUGGGAAAGGUCCAUGUAAAAAGAGUCGAGUUAAGUGACCACUGACAUCAGCACUUUGGUUACAUGACUGUUGUUUCAUGUAGGGCUGCAUUUCACGGUUCCCCUGCAAUUUUCUUUUUAUAUCAUAAUGCAGUUGUGCGUUUAAUGGUCUGUUUCUCACCGACGCAGAGCAGACAUAUCUUAAAAGUGGCAGCUAUUUUAUAGACUGGAAGAAGCAAGCCUGUACCUUCAGUGUGAUAGAGGCAGGUUGCGCACCCUUUCAUUGUUCUCUCUCCAAUCUGUGGGCCAUGUGACCUUAGCAAGCAAUCCUAGUAAAACUAAACAUUGUGCAUAUGAACCUAAUAGAAAAGGCUUUACACCUUUAAAGGAGAACUUAAAGGGAAACUGUCAUGGGAAAAAAAUUUUUUUCAAAAUGAAUCAGUUAAUUGUGCUGCUCCAGCAGAAUUCUGCACUGAAAUCCAUUUCUCAAAAGAGCAAACCGAUUUUUUUAUAUUCAAUUUUGAAAUCUGACAUGGGGCUAGACAUAUUGUCAAUUUCCCAGGUGCCCCAAGUCAUGUGACCUGUGCUC